AUCACCAGCAACUGUAUGGACCAUGAGGAAAUACAAAAGGUUGUCGGUGAAUUUUAGAUCCGUGUUUUCGAGUCAGAUGAAUUAUACUAUAAUAGGUCGGGCUUAGUGUUGACCUGAAGCUAUUCCGCCAUUGUUGUCGGUCUCACACAAACCGGAUGUGAAUGAAUUCACCAUUCAUCGAAUUAUAACAACACACGCCAGCCGUCUGUCUGUCUGUCUGUCGGUCGGUCUGGGCUGAGCAGCGGCUAUCUGAUCUAAUCGAGUGCAUCGUGAGGUGAAGGAUGACCGCCAUGCGCACCAUCGUGAUUGACAACGGGGCCUACCUGACCCGCGUGGGCAUCUCCGGGCGUGACGUACCGGAGGAGACUUUCCGGACAGUGGUCGGCCGGAAGAAAGAGGGUACGGAAUCGGCCAGCGGCGCCUCGGACAUCCUGGUUGGGGAGGAUGCCCUCGAAGUCCGGGACGCCCUGAACCUGAGCUACCCGGUAGACAAGUACCGCAUCACCAACAUGGAAGAUUUGGGUCACAUCUGGAGGUUUACCUGCAUGGAUGUUCUGGGCUGUGACUCCCUGGAAGAGUGCCCCAUGCUGCUGACGGAUGGGCCCCUGGAGGCGUCGGAGAGGGCCAAAUCCAGGGCAAGACUCACCGAGAUCAUGUUCGAGAAAUGCAAGGUACCGUCCUUCUACGUCGCCCUGCAACAGUUCCUCGCACUUAUUAGCUUGGACCACACCACGGGACUGGUGGUAGACAUAGGAGAGAGCAUGGCGAGUACCGUCCCCGUCGUAGAUGGCGCUGUGGUCCAAGACGCGAUCCAGACCACGGACGUUGCGUCUGGUCGACAGAUGACAGACCUCCUGAUGAAGAUGCUGAACGAGCGAGAGGGCAUCUCGAUAACUGAUCGCGAGAUUGCAACCGCCAUUAAAGAGAAGCUGAGUUACGUCACCUGUGACUUCGAAGGAGAGUUCAAGUUUGCCGGGUCAGCGACCGAAGAUUACACUCUACCGGACGGACAGGUGAUAGGAGUAGGAACCGAGCGUUUUCAAUGUACGGAGCCGCUUUUCCAACCGUUCCUCUUAGACCCAGAGGGGGUGGGCUCCAACGCCCUUGGCAUCCACCAGAUGGCCCACAAGAGCAUCGAGAGCUGCGUCGAAUCCUCCCGGGCGGACCUCUACAAGUCCAUCGUGACCGCCGGUGGCUCCUCGCUGAUCUCGAACCUCUCCGGCCGCCUGAAGCAAGAGAUGAAGGCCCUCGCCGGGGACGGGACAGAAGUACGGGUGCUGACCCCGCCCACGAGGGCGUUGUCGGCCUGGCUGGGCGGGUCCCUGCUGGCCGAAUGGGAGGGGUUCCCGGAGCUCGUGAUCAGCGCGCAGGAGUACCAGGAAAAGGGUGCGGAAAUCGUCAAUCAGAAGUGUAAGAACUGAUCAGGCACCAACUCUAAUUGCUAAUGUCCAUGCCAAAGUAGUCUAAGCUGGCUGUUACGUUUUUAAUGUGUUUAAUGUGUUCACUGUACGCGAAACUUAAAUUUUGCUUUAGAAAUUUGGGCAAUUCUCAAAAUCUCAGCAUGUAGAACAAAGUGAUAUUCCAAUGGCUUGUCCCCACGUGCUGCAUCUCUUUGGAAUUCCUUGCCUUGUGCUUGUUUCCCUGCAACCUGUCCUGUUUCAAGAGGAAUUUUAAUUCAUUCCUUCAGUUUUCUUGAGUACCUAGCUCUUCUUUUAAUUUAUCUUGUAGCCCUGUACCUGGAGUGGCUCGUACUACUCGUAGCCUUGUUCAGAGAAAAAUAUGCCAGAACCAAAAUACAAGUGGCAAGCUGUGGUAAUAGUUUACGUUUUAACAUCAGGAAGCAGUAUUUCUAAAAACAGCCGCAUCUUGAAAAAAAUUGUAAUUCGAUUUCCUUUAAAUUCCUUCUAUUUCUACUUGGCUAUUAAACUUCUUGCCAAACGAAAUCAUCUAUUAAUUUUUUUUUCAGAUAUUAGAAAGUUAUAAAUGCUAUUGUUGAAUAAUAAAGCAUUAAGUUGUCAUUUUUUUGGGCAAUACUUAUGUCAUACUCGGCCACUGCAGUUUUAAAAGUCCAACAAGUGAAACAAUUGUUUUAUCUUUUCUAUGAAUUGUAUGUAAUGUUUAUAUAGAAAUUGCAAUAAAAAUAUCAAAGGUGGCCAACAACCGUUUGAAACUUUUGAAUGUUUCCAAUUCCAGUGCA